ACACAGCCUCCUUGUACUCCUAAUCCUUCCCCUCAAAGUAGGAGGCACAGAGUGGAUCAGCAGGCACUGGAGACGGGGCAAGCAGUGAUCAGCCCACUUGCCAGCAGCCCUAAAAAGGAAGACCAGAGAUGCCAGGAUGAAGGAGUAGAACUCAAAGGGAGGUGCCAUCAUGAGGAGUCAAUGAGAGAUCUGUAAAGAGGGAGGCCUGGGGAGUGGAGCCCAAAAGGAUGAAGCCUGGGAGACCAACAUCUCCCAUGAGGGAAAUAACAAGAGUGGAGACAGAUUCUAAGUCAGAAUGUAGGCUAAACUGGGAACCUGAGCCACACCAGAGACCUAUAACCCAGCCAGAGCCUGGGCCAGAAAAAACACCCACAGCCCAGCCAGGUUCGAAGAUUCAGCAGGGACCCAGUACCCAACAAGUGCCUGCUUCACAGCAAAGACCUCUCACCCAGGAGGACCCUCUUGCCCAAUGUGAAGGUGAACCCCAGCAGGAACCUAGAACCCAGCAAAAAUCUGCUUCACCACCGGAAUUUCUUGCCCCACAGGAGCCUGUGCCACAGCAAUCAGCUCCCAUCCAAAAGGUGCCCUUCACUCAACAGGAAGCUAACUGCCAGCAGGGACCUGAGCCAGGAAAAGAAUCUACAACUCAACAGGAACCAGAAUUGAGAGAGGAACGUGUAGCCCAGCCAGGACCUAGGCCAGUAGAGCCACCUCUAACUCAACAAGAUGAGUCAACAUCUAUGGCUCAGACUAAAACUGGACCCAAAAAGGGACCCCCUGCCCAGAUUGAAUCUACAUCCCAGGAGAGACCUGAACAGUCAGACCAUACAGCCGAGCAAACAACUCCAGUCCAGGGAGCUAAAUCAAAGCAGGGAUCUUUGAGUGAGUGGGGAUUUCUAAGAAAACUGCAGGAACUAUCCAUUGAGCGAUCAGCCCAAGAGUGGAAGACAUUUUUUGAGUGGGUUACAGAUCCCGACUCAGAAUUAGAUUUGGAGUCAUCUUCAGAGACAGAUCCUCCAGCAACGAGGGGUGAAACAGUGUCCCAGGGAGUAAAGCUAGACUUCAAAGGGAAACCUGGUUAUGAAGUCAUGUCAGGAUAUGGUGGGACAUCACCACAUGGGAAGAAAACCAUUGCCCAGAAUCACAGACACUACCCAGACACAGCCUCAAGGCUCUUGCACAGCAUGGACCUGCACACAAUGACACAGUCGCUGGUGACUCUGGCAGAGGACAACAUGGCCUUCUUCUCCAGCCAGGGCCCUGGGGAGACAGCACGGCGGCUGUCGGACGUCUUUGCAGGUGUGCGGGAGCAGGCGCUGGGGCUGGAGCCAGCCCUGGGCCGCCUGCUGGGCAUGGCGCACCUCUUUGACCUGGACGCAGAGACGCCAGCCAAUGGGUACCGCAGCCUAGUGCACACAGCCCGCUGCUGCCUGGCGCACCUACUGCACAAAUCCCGCUAUGUGGCCUCCAACCGCCGCAGCAUCUUCUUCCGCACCAGCCACAACCUGGCUGAACUGGAGGCCUACCUGGCUGCCCUCACCCAGCUCCGUGCUCUGGCCUACUACGCUCAGCGCCUGCUGGCCACCAAUCAGCCCGGGGGGCUCUUCUUCGAAGGCGACGAGGGGCUCACUGCCGACUUUCUGCGCGAGUAUGUCACACUGCAUAAGGGCUGCUUCUAUGGCCGCUGCCUGGGCUUCCAGUUCACGCCCGCCAUCCGGCCAUUCCUGCAGACCAUCUCCAUCGGGCUGGUGUCCUUUGGGGAGCAUUACAAACGCAAUGAGACAGGCCUCGGUGUGACUGCCAGCUCCCUCUUUACCAGCGGACGCUUUGCCAUCGACCCAGAGCUGCGAGGGGCCGAGUUUGAGCGGAUCAUACAGAACCUGGACGUGCACUUCUGGAAAGCCUUCUGGAAUAUCACAGAGAUUGAGGUGCUAUCGUCUCUGGCCAACAUGGCAUCAGCCACCGUGAGGGUAAGCCGCCUGCUCAGCCUACCGCCCGAGGCCUUUGAGAUGCCGCUAACUGCUGACCCCACACUCACAGUCACCAUCUCACCCCCGCUGGCCCACACGGGCCCCGGGCCCAUCUUCGUCAGGCUCAUCUCCUAUGAUCUGCGUGAAGGACAGGAUAGUGAGGAACUCAGCAGCCUGGUGAAGUCUGAGGGCCAGCGGAGCCUGGAGCUGCGGCCACGGCCCCAGCAGGCACCCCGCUCGCGCUUCCUGAUAGUGCACUUCCACGGCGGCGGCUUCGUGGCCCAGACCUCUAAAUCCCACGAGCCCUACCUCAAGAGCUGGGCCCACGAGCUGGGUGCCCCCAUCCUCUCCAUCGACUACUCACUGGCCCCCGAGGCCCCCUUCCCCCGCGCGCUGGAGGAGUGCUUCUUCGCCUACUGCUGGGCCAUCAAGCACUGUGCCCUCCUUGGCUCAACAGGGGAGCGGAUAUGCCUUGCAGGGGACAGUGCAGGUGGGAACCUCUGCUUCACUGUGUCCCUUCGGGCAGCAGCCUAUGGGGUACGGGUGCCAGAUGGCAUAAUGGCAGCCUACCCAGCCACAAUGCUACAGUCUGCUGCCUCUCCCUCCCGCCUGCUGAGCCUCAUGGACCCCCUGCUGCCCCUCAGCGUGCUCUCGAAGUGUGUCAGCGCCUAUGCCGGUGCGGAGACAGAGGACCACUCUGAUUCAGAUGAGAAGGCACUGGGCGUGAUGGGGCUGGUACGGCGGGACACAGCCCUGCUCCUCCGAGACCUCCGCCUAGGCGCCUCCUCAUGGCUCAACUCCUUCCUGGAGCUGAGUGGGCGUAAAUCCCAAAAGACAGAGCUCAUAGCAGAGCCAAUGCGCCGCAGCGUGUCUGAAGCAGCACUGGCCCAGCCCGAGGGCCUACUGGGCACAGACUCCCUCAAGAGCCUGACACUGAAGGACUUGAACCUAAGGAGCAGCUCCGAGAACUCAGGCAUCCCUGAGAUGUCACUGUCCACUGAGACACCUGGCCCUUCCACACCCUCGGACGUCAACUUCUUAUUGCGGCCCGGGGAUGUCCCUGAAGAGGCUGAGACCAGAGAUGAGCUAAGCACCAAGGACAGAGGCCCUGGCGUCGGUGCUGCCUUCCCUGAGGGUUUCCACCCACGGCGCUCGAGCCAGGGUGCUACACGGAUGCCCCUCUACUCAUCGCCCAUCGCCAAGAACCCCUUUAUGUCACCGCUGCUGGCGCCUGACAACAUGCUGAAGAGCCUGCCACCCGUGCACAUUGUGGCGUGCGCGCUGGACCCCAUGCUGGACGACUCGGUCAUGUUCGCACGGCGACUGCGUGGUCUGGGCCAGCCCGUGACACUGCGCGUGGUGGAGGACCUGCCGCACGGCUUCCUGACGCUGGCGGCGCUGUGCCGCGAGACGCGGCAGGCCGCGGAGCUGUGCGUGGAGCGCAUCCGCCUGGUCCUCACUCCGCCCCCUUACAGCUCCCCUGCUGGCAGCACAGACAUGACUGGCCUUCCACUUGGGCACUUUUACACGAACCGGUUGGCUCGGAAGCCGGCUCAGACCUCUGCAGAGCGGACCGGGAUUCCGACUCCACAGAUUCCGCGUCUAUUGGCAGACCGGCAGCAGGCACCGGCGGAGACUGGCGUCUCCGAGAGCCUAUCGCUGUCCGAUUGA